CUGUUCGCCGGUGUUUUCUUUUCUUUGCAAUUGCACGUAACUUUCAAAACAAUAAUAUUACCUGGAGAAAUGAUAAUCCUAAACAAAUGUUCGCCUAUAAGGCAUAUUCUGAGACGUUGCUAUAGUCAGGCGGCUGAAAACAGUAGUUAUAAGAUAAAUUUAACCGCAUAUUUUGGAAAAUGGCCCGAAAUAGAGCAACAGGAGUUCCGGAAGCACAUGCGUAUCAUCACAGAUUUCAUCAGCGAAUCGGAGGAACAGCAGCUUCACGAGGAAAUCGAACCCUAUAUGAGUCGUCUGAGAUACGAGUUCGAUCACUGGGACGAUGCCAUUCAUGGUUUUCGGGAGACUGAACGGAAGAAGUGGUUCCCCAAGAAUCGCGAAAUUCUGGAGCGCGUGCGCCAAGUAGCCUUCGAUGGAGCUGUUAUGCCCUAUGUACAUAUCCUGGAUUUAGCUCCCGAUGGCGUUAUUAAGCCCCAUGUAGAUAGCACGCGAUACUGCGGCACGACUAUUUCUGGGAUCAGCUUACUCAGCGACAGUGUGAUGCGACUGGUGCGCACGGAUGCCCAGCGAUACAAUCAGCAAGCCACGGGAACUGCAACAGAACUGGAGUCCAAGGGGUCAGAACCCGAUGCAGCUUAUCGCCAUCAGCCGGCGGCGUCACUGGAGAACAACUUCUACGCUGAUCUCCUGCUGCCACGACGCUCUUUGUACAUAAUGAGCCACACGGCUCGCUACAAUUUCACGCACGAGAUACUGGCCAAGGAGCAUUCGGAGUUCCAGGGCACGCCGGUGCCAAAGACACGUCGCAUUUCCAUCAUUUGUCGCAACGAUCCCUAAGAGGGUCAUUUGUCAUUCGCUGGGAAUGCUUUUCGGUGCAGUUAAAGUCUGAAUGUCAAAAUAUUAGUUACUUUUCUUAUGCGAAACACAGUUGUUUAUCCAAAAGUUUAUUUAUGUAGUCUGUAGUCCUUAUAAAUUGUACAUACACACAUAGAAAGCAUACUAUUAUAGGUAAUGUAAAGUUUAAGUUGCUUUUUGAAAUUCAUUUAAAUUAGUUUCAUAUUAUUUCUCUUUAAAAUGCGACCCUUAGGGAACCAAGCUAUAUUCGUUUUCCCUUGUUACAAAAGAAAAAUACAUUUUCAAUUGUUACACUUGAAAGUUUCUGCGGAUUACGGUAUAACAAAGCUACUUAUUUUUGUUAAUAAGCUCACAAGUCGUCUUGAAAAGUUGUAAAGUUUGGCAGUAAUUGUUGUCCUGUAAUUACAGUCAAACAGGUAAUUUCCGCCAAUCACUACAGAAAGAAUUGAAAUCCCCUGAAGAGCUCUAACAUUGUAUUUGUUCGCCAACUAGUUUGGAUGUUGAAGUUUCGAAUGCAUCGAGCAGUUAAAUAGAAUUGUAUAGGUACAAACAGGCAAACUUUCGGAUCGACUGACUGGAAUUUUCCGAUUACGAAUUGAAAAAGCAACCAACCAAGGAGAAAAACUGAACGAGAGAUGGGGAAGUGUAUCUUUGAUUAAAAGUUAAGGGCUUGAGUAACAACAAAUCAGCGUUAGUGGAAUCCGUUUGCACAGCGCUCAACGCCUUUCAGCCCAUUUGUUUGUUUAUUAGAGGUCUUGCCUUGGCUUAUUUGAGGAGGAGAUUGAAGACAUCUCGGCAAAUCCCUGCGCAAAUAUAAAUCUUACGGCGGUAUUUUUAGCGCCCGAUAACAAAAACAUGACGAUUCGCAAAUGAUGUCAUAAAUUUACAAGCAACACGAACACGUUUAUAUCUUGUACAUGUUUUGUAUAUCAGAAAUCCGGGGUGGCAAGCGGAUAUCAUUCGGCAAUAAAGAAUCUUCGCACUUUGAUGCGAUUUGUUGUGGUUUUAAAAUCUGGAUGGGCGCAAUGUUAGCUUAAAGUGGGUGGGGAAAAAGCUCGCUGUUAGUUUCUCUUACACUGUUAGAACGCCUUCCACACGGCUGUUAGUUAUCCUGUUUUACCCUGGUACCUUCAAACCCCCAACUAAAGCUAUACCUGUUAGUAUACUCAAGCAUCUGUAACACUAACAUGGGCAUUACAAGAUGGUUCAGAACAAGUUUGUUACCACUUUAUGUGGCAUUACAACAUAAUAACAAAUAUGCAAGGGGUUUACAUAAGAAAAGCAUUACUAUCAAUACACUUAAAAAUACGACAACCA